CUGAUGUCACAUCUCACUGCCUGGUGCUGAUGCUGCUCAGGAGGGCGGUGUCCGCAAGAAGACAGAAAAACAAAAGAAACAGAGAGAUUGAGGGACCAUUUCACUGUGUACGUGAAAGCAGAAAACAAACCUGAGAUACUUCAUCAGUGAAUUUUCUGAAAAGGUCAAAGAGUUGGGCAACCCAGCAUGGCUGAAGGACCUGUUGAUGUUGCAGAAAUUGAACAAGCAUUUCAUAAAUUUGCCAUCCAUGGAGACAGUAAGGCAUCAGGGAGUGAGAUACAUGGAAAGAAUUUUUCUAAACUCUGCAAAGACUGCAAAAUUAUUGAUGGCAAAUCGGUCACUACCACUGAUGUGGACAUUGUCUUUACUAAGAUCAAGCCCAAAUCAGCCCGUGCUCUGAACUUUGUACAGUUCCAGCAAGCAAUGAAGGAGCUUGCUACAAAGCGGUUUAAAGGGAAGUCUGAAGAGGAGGCCACGAACGAAAUUUACAAGCUUUUGGCUGGGAAGGAGCCAGUCAAUGUUGGAGUAACGAAAGCAACAAAGGCUGCAGCUGUGGACCGACUAACAGACACAUCCAAAUACACAGGCUUGCACAAGGAGCGUUUUGACGAAAGUGGAAAGGGUCGAGGCAAGGUGGGCCGUGAAGAUCUAAAGGAUGAUUCAGGCUAUGUUGCAUCUUAUAAAGGAGCUGGUACCUAUGAAGAGAAAGUAAAAGGGUCAAAAUGAAAUGAAACAAAAUGAGAUGAACUGUACAAUAUUAAAUAUGAUUUUCGCUUUGUUCUUCAGUAAUCUGUAUAACUGGAAUGUAACAGGAGAUUAUUGUAGGGAAAUGAAUUAUCGAGAGUGGAAUGUCUCAUUCAUAAGCUACAAAACAUGAAAGUGCAAUAGACAGGUAGAAAAAUGUAUGCUCUUGAGUGAAAGAACACUUAUGUCUUACCUACCUACGAAGAAGAAAAAGAAAAAGUAGGUUGGGAUGUAUGUAUGUACAAGCACAUCUUCAUGCAUUUAGAAAUGUACAAAUGCACAGACAUACACACACUCCCAUGCCUGGGUGUAUGCAGACACACACACACACACACACACACACACACACACAC